AUGGGAGGCGCUAGCAGCUACAUUGCGAUGUUGAGCAUCGCGGGCUUCCUCGGGGCGGCAUGGACAGCCAGCAAAGUCUCCCGCCUAUUAGGGAUUUCGUCUAUCGUUCUGGAGAUUACAGUGGGAGUCGCACUUGGCCCAAGGGGAUUUGGCUUGGUCGAUCCUGUCUACACGGUCUGCGAGACCAAGCGGGUUGACGACUGCACGGCGCCUGCAGAUCUGGACGAUCGCAUCGCGAAGGGGCUGUCUUUGGGGCCGACCUUGGGAAGAAUCGCUGGCCUGGGGGUCUGCAACCCUGCAGACUAUUCUCACGGAGACCAUGGAAGCGGCCACGGCCACCAGGGCAGCGGUUUGUUCAAUAUGACAGUCGACUAUAUUGGCGGCGCGGUGCCCAUGGAGGACACGCAUGGAGCCGACCACGGCAGCGGCGAACACAGCAGCGGUGAACACGAUGACAGCCAUGCGGGCACUGAAGCGCACACGGAUGACGGAAGCCAUGGAGGAGGCCACUCCGACAGCGGAAGCCACUCCGACAGCGGAAGCCACUCCGACAGUGGAACCCACUCCGACAGUGGGACCCACUCCGACACCAGCCACUCCGACAGCGGGAGCCACGCGAGUGAUGGACAUGACUCUGGUCACAGGCGGCUCUCUGGUGGCAGCUAUCACAGCUACUCCGAGUGCUUGGUGAAAGAGUGUGAGCAUGAAGUCUCAGAAAGCUGUGGCAGCUUUCCCGACUUCUUUACCUUGAUUGGUCACGCAGGUGUUGGCCUUAUGAUCUUUGAGAGCGGCAUGCACUUUGACUUCGAGAAAGCAAAGAUCGUUGGCAUUCCUGCCUGCUGCGUCGCUGUGCUUGGCACAAUUCUUCCACUGAUCGUUGGGAGCUUGCUGACCGUGCUGUUUGGACGGCCCUUCAUGCCGGACGGAAUCUCUGCAGGGACCGCGCUGGCUCCGACAAGCGUGGGCAUCGCGCUCCGCCUCCUCGGAGAGGCAGGUGUCCUCCAGGAGAACUUCGGACAGGCCAUCAUCACAGCAGCCUUCGUGGAUGACAUCCUUUCCCUGGUGCUGUUCAACGUCUUGUUCAGCUUGGGUGGGGAGUUCGACAUGUUCAAGACUGUUAUCGCGCCCAUCAUUGGCAUUGCUUUCAUGCUCUUUGCCAUGUUCUUGGCAGUGAAUUUCUGGCCGAAGUUCCUGCCUCAAUACAUUCUCGCCAGGGUACCCAACAAACGUGACCCGGGAGCCAAAAUCUCUGCCCAAGACGAGGCUCUCUUCUUCUUCAUGUUCGCUCUGCUUUUCGUGUACGCAACGAUUACCCACUUCCUGGGCACGCACCUGUGGGGAUGCUUCAUCGCCGGCAUGUCUUUUGCCUGCCUGAAUCCGCCUCAUCAUGCCCAUCAUGUCUGGGUGAAGCAGACGAAGCGCGUGACCUCCUGGAUGAUUCGCAUUUUCUUUUCUGGCACAGUGGCCUUCACCAUCCCCUUGGGGCAGCUGAUGUCCAUCGAUGCCUUUUGGAAAGGCAGCAUCAUGGGCAUCUUCGCGUGCAUCGGAACAAAGGUCGUCUGCGCGCCGUUCAUGGGCAAAGCGCGAUGGGUGAUCGGUUGGGCCAUGGUGGGGCGAGCUGAAUUUGCGUACUUGAUUGCUCAAAUGGCGCUCUCCGCGGGAAUGUUGGAUUCAGCGACCUUCUCAAUCGUGAUUUGGGCACUUCUCUAUGCCACCAUCUUCGCGCCCUUCAUCUUCAGAUUCCUUCUGAACCGAUAUGUCGCGUCCGAGGGUCUCGGCGAGGGAGCUGCUGGCACGGGUUUCAGCGACUCGGAUUCGGACAUUUGGGGCGAGGAGAAGGAGAACAAGAAAGAGGACGAUUUAGAGGACAUCGAUGUUGCAGGGGCAUUGAAGUCCAAGACUCUGUACGGACAGUCCAGCCCGGGUGGUGAGAUGAAAGCCGUGGACGCCAGGGCUGUCCGCAACGAGGACAAAGGCAAGGGUGGCUUCCUGUGCUGCCUCUUCUUCAAGAAGGCUGGAGGCUUUUGA